AUGCCGUCCGCUACCUCGACACAGCUUUCCCAAUAUGUGUUCAGCAAUGCUGGACCCAUGACCACUGUUUGGACGCCGCCUGCAUCGUGUGCCACGCCGUCGCCCCAGCUCUACCUCGCAUACAACGACUCUGGCACUGUGUUUCCCAAAUGGGCUCAAAAAUGCGAAAUCUACGAUUUUGGAGACUGCUACCCUUCCGGCAAGGCCAUAGACUCUGCAUGGUCUUCGGCCUCCAGCGCCAACGCCAACGACAUCGCCAACGCAGGGACCAUCUACUACUUUUCACCAGCAAGCGUUUGCCCCCAGGGUUACACGACCGCCGGCGUGGCCGCCAAGAACGGUGCUGGAGAUGUCAGCUCCUCUGGCGCGUUCGUACCUCCAGUUGUCACCGAUCCUGCGUUCAAAGAUAAUUUCCUGUCAUGGAACCCGCCAAACAAUGUCUUGAUGGAGGCUAUAGAGGAUGGGGAGACGGCUGUUGUAUGCUGCCCCGAGGGAUAUACAGCAGAUGUAGCAGGCGGAGUCAGAUGCUACUCCAAUGCGCCUUCGUCACUCUUUGGAGAUCCGAUGACUGGGUGCAAUUACAUGAUGACGGACACCGGAGACAAAUAUUACACAUUUGCGAACGCCACGUUCACUUACAACAACACGGUUGUUACCACCGAGGUUGUUACUUACACUGGAAUACAGCCGCCGGAGGCUAGUUACCCUACUAUCACAACGACUAUCGACAGUGUCCAGGCGGACAUGUACGAGCCUGUCGCAGCAAGAGAAGGUGUUACGUUGGUGUACAGAGCGUCUGAUGUUACGGGCGCUCCGGCAGGCAGUGAUGCAGCUGGUCCCACGGAGACAGGCUCGAGCAGUGCCGCUGGCUUGAGAGUCAUGGCCUCUGGUGGAAGAGUGGGAAUGGUUGCCGUUGCUUGGACAUUCGCUGCCAUCGUGGGUGUCAUGUUGGGCAUGUCUUAG